AUGUCCACAUUCCUUUUCUCCUCCUCCUCCUCCAGGUGCAUAGCAGGUGACAGGCCGUACUGGUGGGUGCACGAGACGCCCGUGUACGCCCACCGCAGGCCGCCCGUGCUCAUGCAGUACCCGCGCACUUGUGAGACGGGACCCGGCAUGCCCUCGGGUCACGCCAAACUGAACGCGGCCAUGUUCUACAUCCUGGUUUCCGCGUUCAACGAGAUGGUGGUCAAGAACACGACGCUUCUGAGCCAGAAGCAGCGGGCGUGGGCGUCGCGAGGGCUGUGGGCGUCGUACGCAAUAUGGAUGAUGUUGGUGUUGGUUUCAAGGACUUACAUCGCCGCCCACUUCCCGCAUCAGUGCGUGGCGGGCGCUCUCAUAGGUGGGCGUGUUUUCCCUUUGGUUUCUGUUCUGGGAUGA